AUUGUAAUAAUAGACAGAGAAGAGAGAGAAUUGAUAAGGGCUGUCGGGAAUGCCUUUGUGCAACUCGUGGACCGUCGUACACAUCUCAUGGACUAUCGUCAACGUGGCGGAUACUGUAUCGUAGUGAAACUCGGUCGGCUAGCUGAGGGCGUGGCUUACGGCGCAUACGCUAUUGACAACUGCCUGCGCCGACGCAUGCUAUCGUUCAUAAUGUCAUACACCCUUUUGUGA